AUGGCGACAGCGUCGUAUGUGGCGGUGCUCCUGCGUCGCCGAUCCCUGGCCUACGUGACCGGCUCGGUGAUUGCGGCCCUGACGACACUGCCCGUACCUUUCGUUCCUCGAUUUGAGUUUUCACCGUGCGUGAUCGGUGGCAACCGCUCUCUUGAAGCGUCCAUCUUCUUCACUGGUUGGAACGUGCUCCGAUUGGUCAGCGUCACCGUGGACAUCAUUGACCGACCACCCAGUGCCUGCAAGGAUGCUCGCAAGACCGUACUGCACGCUCUGGCCUACUUGCUCUACUUCCCUGGACUCGUAGCGGGUCCGGUGACCAACUACGACGACUUCAUGAACGAGGCCUACCGUCCCCCCACAUGGAAUCGGAAGCGCCUCUUGGAGUUCCUCGCGAGGUCCGCCCGCGUGGUCAUGGGCUACUGUGCCAUGGAAGGGUUCCUGCGGUUCGCCUACGUGAGGAGCGCCGCAUUGACUCCUCGCUGGUUCUUCGCACAGUCCGGCUGGACCCUGGCGGGCAUCGUGUACUUCAGCUCACUGCAGUUCUACCUCAAGUACAACUUCGCGUACGGCCUCCCUUCGCUGUUCUUCUGGCUGGACAACGUGUACGAGAAGCACGACCUGAGGCCCCGGUGUACGACGCGCAUACACACAGCAGCGAACGUGUGGAGACUUGUCACCGCCUUCAAUGCAGCACGUUUGGAAGGCGUUUGUGCUUCACGCCUUGGCAACGACUGA